GUUACAUUCUAUUACUAUGUAGUUUUGCUUAUCAAACGAGUUUAUCUCCUUGAAAAAGGACAUGUGUUCUUAAUUCCACAUGUAAAGCAACAUUAGGUAUAAUGAAUUGCCUUCCAUUAAUUUUUAUGUUGUAAAUUUACCAAUCAGUGCGAUUAAUUAAAUGUUGGUUGGAAUCAGGUUGUACCAUGAUAUUCAGUGAGGUAUCCGGGUAAUUUCCUAAAAUCAUCACGUUUGUUAAAAAAAGUAGAGAAAAGCAGCUUAGAUUCCCCUCCUGAAUUUCAUGGUCCUGGAUAUUAUAAUAUGGAAAACAGGAUAGACUCAGUUACUCCUUUACUUCAUCGAUUCCCAUAUUCUAUUGUAUGGACUCCUAUCCCCUUGUUAACAUGGUUUUUUCCUUUUAUUGGACAUAUGGGAAUCGCUAAUUCAUAUGGUGUUAUAUAUGAUUUUGCAGGCCCUUAUACUAUUGGGGAGGACCAAAUGGCUUUUGGAUGGCCAACGAUGUAUUACCAACCCCAUGCUAAACUGAUUGGUAGUCGGGAAGUCUGGGACAAUGGGAUCUCUGAAGCAAAUGAAGUUUAUAAAGGACGAGUGCAUAACCUUUUUUGUGAUAAUUGCCAUAGUCAUGUGGCAUAUGCUUUCAACAAAAUGCGAUUUCAAGAUAAGGAGAAUUGGAAUAUGUUCAGUGUUUCUGUAUUAUUAUUCUUUCACGGAAAGUAUGUUAGUAAACGUCACUGUUUUUCAUCAUGGUUUCCAUUCAUUCUUGUUUUAUGUGUAAUUUUGGCAAUUAUAUCAAUUAUUUUGCAUAUCAGUUGAAUCACUUAUAACUAUCAUAUACAAACCAAUCAGACUGUAUUUGACUGAUCUAAUUGAACUUUUUUUAGUUUAAUCGUUUUUAUUGUAAAAUAUAUCAUAUAUGUUUUCUAAUGUAAUGGAUCAUCACAUUAACCUUUUCAGGUGAUUUUAGAAGUCCUUCACACAUAAUUAAUAUCAUGGUUACGAAUAUGUUUACUCGUUGAAAUUAUUUCUUUCCACCUUUUUUUUUGUUAAGACAGUUAUUUUAUUCAUGCCAACUAUUUUAACAAAACAAAAACAAUUUUCCUUUUACAUAUAUAUGUCUAUGUGACUGGAAUUCUCUUUAAAAGGCUAUGUUUUAUGAUAUUGGUAUGAAAAUAAUAAUGAUAAUCAU